GUUCUCUUCCAAGGUUGUUGCCACUCAACUCUGCUGAAAAAUAGUCACGCUUGUGUGGAGAAGGCAAUGCAUCAUGAUUGUCCUGUUUGUUUUGAGUAUUUGUUCAAAUCGAUGCAUGAAAUCGCUGUCUUGCCAUGUGGACAUACAAUCCAUAUCAACUGUCUGAAUGAAAUGAGACAGCAUUUACAGUAUGCAUGCCCUCUUUGCUCAAAGUCAGUUUUUGAUAUGUCAAAGGUUUGGGAGAAGUUUGACUUGGAGAUUGCUGCUACACCAAUGCCUGAACUAUAUCAAAAUAAAAUGGUUUGGAUCCUUUGCAAUGAUUGUGGUAGAACUAGUAACGUAAAGUACCAUCUUAUUGCUCAAAAGUGCUUGAAUUGCAAAUCCUACAACACAAGACAAACUUGAGGCUGAAGAGAAAAAUGGGCAUUGUUACAUUUCAUUUCAUUCAUUGAGAAAAUGUAUUACUUUUCCCUCUUAUCCUUUGUGAAGGAAGUAGUGGCAACCCCAUGUUUAAUUGGAACAACAACUUGAACAUGUAAUGAACAUGGCGUUAAAGCCUAGUUGGGUCGGCAC